UUCCUGGGGAGCCUAGUGAGAUGAAGGCACUGCAGACCCUUCCCAAAAGAGGCGUCGGCUUUUCAUGGAUCCUUGAGCCCAGGAAGGCGAUGGGUCAGACAUCACGCUUCAUCAGAAGACCCAAGCAAACUCCGGGCUGUCAUUGGGACAGUCCUAGAGGGUGGUGCCAAUGGAUGAAUGGGUGGAUGGACAGUAGUCCAGGGAUGAUGUCCCUGUCUGUCCUGAAAUCGGCCCUUCCUCCAAUGAGAAGCCUUCCUGAGUGAGUAUAUACAGUCAUCCCUUGGUAUGCAUGGAGGAUUAGUUCUAGGGUCCCCGGGAAUGCCAAAAUCCAUGGAUGCUCAAGUCUCUAAUAUAACAUGGCCUGGUAUUUACGUAUAAGCUAUGCACAUCCUCCCGUAGACAUUAGACCAUCUCUAGAUUAUUCAUGAUGUGUAAUACAAUGCAGAUGCCACAUGAAUGGUCAUGAUACUGUAUUCUUUAGGGAAUGAUGAAAAGAACAAAGUCUGCACAUGUUCCAUAGAAACAUAACCAUCCAAUUUAUUUUCUGAAUAUUUUCCAUCUGCUGUUGCUGAAUCCACAGAUGCAGAGCUCCUGGAUACGAGAGCCAAGUGUGCUUUGAGAGUAGGGUGGGUGAGGUUGCUAAUGAGUACAGGGGAGCAGGUGUUGAUUGGGAGGACCCUGCACUGGGGCAUCUGGACGUCCUUCCUCAGGACUUGAGACUCCAGUUGGAUGGCAAAGGCAGACUCAGCACAGGUCAAAGCUGUCCCCUUGAAGUUUCAUUUUAUCCCAAGCUCUUUCUGGACCCUGGAAUUUGGCAUCCCCUAGACCCUGCGUGGAAAGACAGCUGAGCCAGGAUUUAGAUAACAUGUCUAGAACAGUGAGCCCCUAGUGUGUGCCCGGCACCUUCCCCACAGGAUCCUCUAGCUAGAAUAUCCAAGGGUCAUGGGGAGAAAUACCCAGUUAAAAUAUCAGAAAUGAAGAAGUGAUACCAUUAGAGACACUAAAAAGAUCAUUAGGUAAUAGUAUUAGCUUUUGUAUUCUGAGAUCCAACAGCAGCAGUCACUUCCCUCCACCCCUAUGUGUAUCCCAGGACCACCCUGGACAGGGAGGGCUGAAGUUAGGGAACACCCAUGGAUGAUCUGGUGCUGGCCCUGGGCCUCGGGGGUGACAGUGAUGAGGAACUGGGUGCACACGAGUGGGGCCGCCGGGCCUGGCCAGAGAAUCAACACACACGUGUACAGACGUGUUUACCCACAUACACAUGUGCACGCACGUGCACAAACACAUCGCAGGCAGGCAUGUUGAUGCCUCAGGCAUCGGAGGACCCUGACUAUGGGCCCUGCUGACCCGGGCAAGGCCCCAUUGUGAUGCGUGCCAUGACCUCAGAAUGUCACUGGUGCUUAGCACCUAUCCGCUCUCUGGCCUGCCUCAGUGUUCUACAGCAGUUACACACAGGCGGUGGUAUCUGUGAGCAGCUCUGUGGACUCAAAGGUUUUCUCCCUGAGAGGCAUAACCCAGGCCAGCUGAUUCAUCAGAAUCAGGUGAGUGUGACCUGCUCUCUUCCCUCCAGGUUGACUUGGGGACAGUGGCUACGGUGGGGGCGGUGUUGGCGUCUGUGGGGCAGCCACCGAGGAGGGUCAUCCCUGAGCACUCACCAGGUGCCCGUUCUACACUGCCCGUGUAGACGAUUGGCUCUUUCGUCCUCAUGGUGGCUUCAUAGAGUGGGUGCUGUUCCCAAAUGUACCCAUUCGACAGAUGAGACAUCUGGGGUCAGAGAGGCAGUAACCGGCCUGGGAAUCCAGACGUGACCCUGAGUUUUGCUCUCAGCCCUGCCGUGUGCUGUGCUGGAAUUCAGGCCUGAACCCUGUGACCUCCCUGCCCUAGAUCCCAAAUCUGCCCAGGUUUCCGAUCCCGAUGGGGCAGAGCCUGGUCCUGGCAGAGCCACUGGUAUAGAUCCACUGUGGGUGGGGUGAACAGGACGGUCCUCAGAACACCUCUGUGCCCUAAGCUGGGUCCUGAUGAUCGCUGUGGGCCCCAGUGAACACACAUGGUCCCUUGUCCGGGGGAGCCUGCUGCCCUUGGGCAGCUGUGGAAAAUGAAGAAGCCCUGGAGGGCUGGCUGAGGGGAGACUAUCUUCCCUUCUGUUCAAAGGGGUCCAGGAACUAGGGUUCUCCCCAGGUAUUUCUUGCUCUGUGUGGUCCUCUCGAGGCCUCGCCCUCCUUUUGUCCCGAGUAUUCCCAGGAGGGACGGUCCAUCCAGGUGUUCUCCAGGACCAAGGACCCACUGUUCUUCCUCAGUGACCCAGGAAAAUGAAGCCUCCUCCUCUAGGGACAGCUCAGAAUGGUGGACUCCACAGUCCCUCUGCGAGAGACGUGGUUUCCAUAAGUACAAUAGAUCUUUUUCAUCCCCAAACCGAACACCCUCCUGCUCAAAAGGCGUUAUUCCUAAAGUGGAUUCACUGUUCAGACUGAAGGGCCAUGGUAGCCAAAGUGAUGAGCGGAGUAGAACCGAGCAGUCAGGAGAGAUCUUGUUCCCUGUAGGAAACGGGGCAUCUCUGUGGCCCUGAGCAUCCCCGGAGGCCGAGUGUACAGAGACCUCUGGUCGCUGAGCCCAGUCUGCCUCCACAUCCCUGGUAUAGCCCAUCAUGGGCCCUUCACCCUUAGCAGGUGGAAACCAUUCAACCUGCUGGGGCAGGUGUGCCCCCAUUUCAUGGCAUUUGGGGACAACAGGAUUCUCUGUCUGGGUCCCACUGUACUCAAGUCCUUGGGAAGAUGCCCACCCCUGCUUGGGACUUGAGACUCCAGAGACUUGAGCAGCUGUGGGCCACUGGGUCUGGCCCCUUUUUAGCUGGGGGCCGCGGUGGAAUGGGGUUUACGCAGCCAGCCAGCAUCUGGGAGCCCAGCGGGAGCAGUUCAGGUGUUCUCCGAAGCUGUCAGGUACAGUGUAACCUUUAGACAAUUUUGUCUCACAGGAUGGACACGGUAGAGGACGCGGACAGUUGGUGGGCACAAGAGCGAGAGGACAUCAUUAUGAAAUAUGAAAAGGGACACCGAGCUGGGCUGCCAGAGGACAAGGGGCCUGUGCCUGUUGGAAUCUACGGCAACAUUGAUCACUUUGGAAUUCUGCAUGAGACGGAGCUGCCUCCUCUGGCUGCACAGGAGGUGAAGAAUCGGCGGGAGAUGAGACGGACGAGCAAGUGGAGGAAAAUGCUGGGAGAAUGGGAGACGUAUAAGCACAGUACAAAAGUAAUGUGUGGGGAGAGAGGCCCCCGAAAGCACUCUCUGCAGAGACAGGGGACAGGCACCCAUGGCUGUGGCCUGGCACCGUCAGCCUCUCAGAGGCUCAUAGAUCGAGUGUACAAGGGAAUUCCCAUGAACAUCCGGGGCCCGGUGUGGUCAGUCCUCCUGAACAUUCAGGAAAUCAAGUUGAAAAACCCGAGAAAAUACAAGAUCAUGAAAGAGAAGGGCAAGAGGUCAUCUGAACACAUCCACCAGAUCGACCUGGACAUAAGCGGGACCUUAAGGAAGCAUAUCUUCUUCAGGGAUCGAUAUGGAGCCAAGCAGCGGGAACUAUUCUACAUCCUCCUGGCAUAUUCGCAGUAUAACCCGGAGGUGGGCUACUGCAGGGACCUCAGCCACAUCGCUGCAUUGUUCCUCCUUUACCUGCCUGAGGAGGAUGCAUUCUGGGCACUGGUGCAGCUGCUGGCCAAUGAGAGGCACUCUCUGCAAGGAUUUCACAGCCCAAAUGGUGGGACAGUCCAGGGGCUCCAAGACCAACAGGAGCAUGUGGUACCCACAUCACAACCCAAGACCAUGUGGCAUCAGGACAAGGAAGGUCUACGUGGGCAGUGUUCCUCAUUAGGCUGCCUUAUCCGGACCCUGAUUGAUGGGAUCUCUCUCGGGCUCACCCUGCGCCUGUGGGAUGUCUAUUUGCUGGAAGGAGAACAGGUGUUGAUGCCGAUGACAAGCAUUGCCUUUAAGGUUCAGCAGAAGCGCCUCAUGAAGACGUCCAGGUGUGGCCUGUGGGCACGUUUUCGGAACCAGUUCAUUUACCCCUGGGCCAGGGAUGAUGACACCGUGCUCAAGCAUCUUAGGGCCUCUAUGAAGAAACUAACAAGAAAGCAGGUGGACCUGCCACCCCCAGCCAAACCCGAGCAAGGGUCCUCGGCAUCCAGGCCUGUGCCGGCUUCACGUGGUGGGAAGACCCUCUGCAAGGGGGACAGGCAGGCCCCUCCAGGCCCACCAGCCCGGUUCCAGCGGCCCAUUUGGUCAGCUUCCCCGCCAUGGGCACCUCGUUCUUCCACACCCUGUCCUGGUGGGGCUGUCCGGGAAGCCACCUACCCUGUGGGCACUCAGGGUGUGCCCAGCCUGGCCCUGGCUCAGGGAGGACCUCAGGGUUCCUGGAGAUUCCUGCAGUGGAACUCUAUGCCCCGCCUCCCAACGGACCUGGAUGUAGGGGGCCCUUGGUUCCCCCAUUAUGAUUUCGAACAGAGCUGCUGGGUCCGUGCCAUAUCCCAAGAGGACCAGCUGGCCACCUGCUGGCAGGCUGAACACCCUUCAGGGUUGAGAUUGGCUUUCACUGCACUGAGCCACAACGUGGGCAUGGACUUCCCGGCCCUGCAGUGCACCCAGCACUGAAUCCGACGAGGGCACCCCCUUCAGAGCUAGGGACGAACAGCAGUGCGCUCCCACCUCAGGGCCUUGCCUCUGCUGCCUCCACUUGGAAAGUUCUCAGUUCCCUCCAGGCUUCUAGAAGCAUCUGGGCCAGGGCUCGUGGCUGGAUAAUUUCCCAAGGCUUAACAACCCAAGCAAGCUUCCCAUCCUCGUUUUAUUUUUUGUUAAACUUAUGAAAAUUUAUUAAGAAAGUGUGCAGCUCGAGAGACAUUCAGAAAUGGAACACACCAGCCCCAAGAUCACAAAGCCAACCAUGCCUAGCCCCUCCCAGCACCCCCAGCCCCACGACCAGCUUUCUGAAUUCUGAUGACACCAUGAGCCUGCCUUUGUACUUUAAACUCAUGGAAGGAUAACCACCUUCACGUUUUAAAAUAAAUGUUUCCUGUUGAAUGAUUUUA